AUGAACAGCUGCCCCCGCCGUGUGGUCAUGAUAGGUGUAAGUGUGACGGCUUUGAUCGCAGUGCCCAAAGUUUCCUAUGCUGUAUUUGUAGACUAUGAGAAACCUAAUUUUUGUGAGUUACUGUCUCUUUUGUAUGUUGCCGCUGUCAUCAUUAAUUACCAACUGAGCGGGGCUGUCGUGGCAACUUAG